AUUUCUUCUAUUUCUAUAUCAUUAUUUUCAAUAGUGAUUGUAAUUCUUGAAGAUCUUCUUGUUGAUGAUCGUCCUCUUUGUAUUGCUUCUUCGAAUGCUUGUUCUUCUGUUGGAAAUCUGAAUUCUUGUAAAUCCUUUAAUUCUUGUCGAGCUCUUUCGACUAUAACACUUGCUUUUCGUUGGUAUUCUACAAAUGAAUACAUAUGCCUAUCUUGA